AUGGCGUCCUGCUACCACCCUUGUCGCCUCUUCCCAGGAAUGUCGCCGGCGGCCCCUGCCGGGCCCGUCUCGGCGCCGGCUCAUCCUCGCACCUGCAAGUCCUCGAAGGUGUUCGCUGGUUUGCCUCAACGGAGGAGGCUGCUGUUCCUGGGCAUGCGGCGUGCCAGGAUCAAGUGCGUCAAGGACGACUCGCUCCAUUUCGACCCAUCGAAGAUAGAACCGCCACCGUACUCCAGCUACUUCGACUCCACAUCCGGUCAGCUCGAGCCGGCGUCGGGCGCUCGGGCAAGCAUACUCGGGAAGGAGUACUGGCCGGAGGGCACGGCGGCCCGCGUGCGUGCCGCACGAGCGCCUGCCCCGGUCGGGGAGUCGGCUGGGACGCCAUCAAUUGGCACGAAGCCCGGGAGCAGGAGGAGAGGGUAUAAGGAGCAGGUGACGUCGGCCUCAGGAACGGAGGGCGCGCAGACUGACGACGGAAAGGAUGAUGGUGAGCCUGAUGUGGUCAUUGUAGACUCUGGGGACGAUGCAUUGGAGGAGCUAAAGGAUUCGGUGGAUGAGUAUGUCAUUUAUGAGACACCAGAGGAAGAGGAGUUGAGUGAGUAUGAUAUGGACAAAAUGAUGGGGCGGCCGCACCCGUUCAUUGACCCAGCAAAGGCGAUGUCAUUAGGGGAGCCGAAAACCAGCGAAGAGCUCUGGUGGCACUGGAGGAGGAAGUCUCAGGAUGAGGAAAUGUGA